CAAAACAAUUAUUGAAAAAUUAGAGGAUGAUAGAUGAUUGUAUGAAAAAUCUCCGAUAUUCCCAUCUCAAAAAUCCCAAUCGUCCAAGAAGCAGAUGAAAUUCCAAUGCCCAAAAUCGAAUCCCAAUAAUCCCCAACGAAGUGUAAAAGUGAAACUGACAAUGAAGUUAACCCAUUACUAACCAUGUGGUUUUAUUUGAUUUAUUUUUUCCAUUUCUCCCCAAUUCUUUCACAAAUUUUCAUUCUUUGCCUUCAUUUUUCGAUACCCAGUUCGUGAUCGCUUCUAUCUCCGAUUGGGGCUUUCUGAGUUUUUUUUCGUGUGGAACUUGGGUGAUCAUCUGCUUGAAAUUUGAAAGAUUCUUCAUUUGGUUACUGGGGUUACUUUGAUUGAAUUCAUUUCCCUCCAUUUUAAUAUAUCGCGACUGCAAAUUGGUUUGUUUCUGGUCCGGAAUGAGCUCGCAGAAUCAGGUUACGCCUCGGGACCUUCUCGAGGAAGCAAAGAAACGGGUUCUUUUUCUGGUGAUAUGCAUUGUGGGUUUAUCAUAUAUGAUGUCAUUGACAAGCUCCUCUGUUUGGGUAAAUUUACCUGCUGCUGCAUUUUUUAUCAUCCUCGUCCGCUAUUUCUCUUUAGAUUUAGAAAUGAGGAAAAAAGCUGCUACUUAUAUACGUAGACCUUUACCAGAACAUGCUAUUUCCCAAGAGAAACCUCUAGAAUGUCCUAAAGUUAUAAAGAAGUCAGAGUGGAGAAGGAAAGUGAAUUCACGUGUUGCUGAGGAUGCAAUAGAUCACUUCAGUAGACAUUUAAUUUCAGAGUGGGUGACAGAUCUUUGGUAUUCUCGUUUAACACCCGAUAAAGAAGGUCCAGAGGAAUUGAUAAAUAUUGUCAAUGGUGUGCUUGGAGAAAUCGCUGGACGCUUUAGGAAUAUUAAUCUGAUUGAUCUUCUAAUGAGGGAUCUUAUUAAUCUCAUCUGCACACACUUGGAAAAUUUUCGUUCAACUAAAUUAAAAAUAGAGAAACGACAGUUAGGAAACAUCACUAUCGAAAAAUUGGAUACAGAACUCAGACAACACCUGGCUAUGGAGAACAGGUUGCACCCUGCUUUAUUUUCUUCUGAAGCUCAGCAUAAGGUCUUGCAGCAUGUGAUGGAUGGUCUUAUUUUAUAUACAUUCAGGCAUGAGGAUCUCCAGUGCUUAUACUUCCGCUAUACAGCGAGGGAGCUUCUUGCUUCUGCAGUAAUGCGGCCAGUUUUAAACUUAGCUAGCCCAAGGUUUAUUAACGAAAGAAUAGAAUCCUUAGUCAUAAAUAUGAAAAAGCCUAAGACAGUGGAAUCGAUGCAUGAAAAUUUAGGGUCCAAACCUGAUGGAUCUUCAAGCAUUCCCUCUGAUGAUCUUUCCAAGUUCCUUGAUCCUUCUAUGGCUGGUGUUGAGCUGGUGCAGAUGAAAAAUGCACAAUCCACCACUCCUACAAAUUUACCAACAAAAUUCAACUCCAAUGCUAGCUUUUCCAAGGACCCACUUCUCUCGAUUGAUACUCGAUCUUCCCGGUCCUGGAACUCUGAGCCCCCGACAUCCCAAAAUGUUCACGAAAGCACUAUUCAGAAACAUAACAGUGGAGAAUGGGGUGAAAAGUUGGAUCAGUUUUCUCGUAGAAAGGUUAAGGCCCUAGCUCCUGAGCAUUUUGAAAACAUGUGGGCAAAAGGGAGAAACUACAAAAUGAAAGAAAAUGAGAAUCAACUCAACAAGAACGCCCAGCAUGGCCCCCCUCAAGGGAAGCCUCUUUCAAUCUCAGUGAAGCGUGAGAAGAAAAUCUCUAAAACGAUUGAUAUAGAAAAUGAGGGCAAGCUUAAUUCCUCUAAAAAUACAACUGUUCACUUAGGCUGUAGUGACCCGCUUACAGUUAAUGGUUCAUCCUGUCGAACAGAUUCAGACAUUCUAAAUGACUCUACCGAGAUGCAUUAUCAAGAUAAUGAUCGUGAUGUCAUGCACCUGAAUGAUCUCGACUCAGAUGGAAAUACUUCUGAAGAUGAGGAAACAACCAAUGUUACAGGCCUUGACUCUCCUGUAACCAAAGUGUGGAAUGCUAGAAACAAUAGAAAUGUUGGAAUUUCACACAUUCAUCACCCGCUUGAGAGUUCUGAUGGUUGUAGAGUUAAGAAGGCAGUUAAAGGGAAAGAUCACAAUAAUAGGUUAUCAAGGAAUCAGUCUGGAAGGAAAAGAUCCCGUCAUAACAGUGAGCAGCUACCUGUUUGGCAAGAGGUUGAGAGAACAAGCUUUAUAUCUGGUGAUGGGCAGGAUAUACUAAAUUCUCCUCUAGGACCUGCAAAUGACGACGACUCUAGUGAUGAUUCUGAUAUGGAGAGUUCAGGAAGAAUUCACAGCGGAGCAGCGGCUUCUUCAUCUGUACUUUCAAUUUCCCAGAUUCUUCCUAGCGAUUACUCACAAAGUUCUCAGAUGGUGGAUUCAUUCUUUAGGCUGAAGUGUGAGGUGAUGGGUGCAAAUAUAGUCAAAAGCGGUUCGAGAACAUUUGCUGUAUAUUCCAUAUCUGUUACAGAUGUAAAUAGUAAUCAUAGCUGGUCUAUAAAAAGAAGGUUUAGCCAUUUUGAGGAGUUGCAUAGGCGUCUAAAAGAGUUUUCAGAGUACAAUUUACAUUUGCCACCAAAACAUUUCCUUUCCACGGGAUUAGAUUUUCCUGUUAUUCAGGAACGAUGUAAUUUACUCGAUAAAUAUUUAAAGAGGCUUAUACAGCUCCCGAGAAUCUCAGGGUCUAUUGAAGUUUGGGACUUUCUCAGUGUUGAUUCUCAGACAUACAUAUUUUUGGAUUCAUUUUCCAUCAUCGAAACUUUGUCAGUUGAUCCAUCUGAUAAAUCCCAUGAAGAGUAUAAUAGAAGUGUUUCAAACCCGAACAGCCCUUUAUCAGGAUUAUUACCACUGAGGAGAGACCAUGCAAUAGCUGAAUGCUUGGAGCCUAAACUGCAGGCGAAAACCAAACUUCAGCCUAAUGGCUUGAGAUUGAACUCAAAAGAUGCUACUAUGGAGAAAAGUGGAUUGUCUGAUAGGAACCCUGGGAGAACUGAGAAUCAGAAGGAGAAUGGAACAUUAUCUGAUAAAAAUUCAGGGAAAACUGAGAGCCCGAAUGAGAAUGAAAAGUCUGGAGAGGCUUCUGAUUUGCUUCUUGAUGCUGCUACUGAUCCAAUGUUGCCCACUGAGUGGGUGCCGCCAAAUUUAACAGUACCAAUAUUUGAUUUGGUGGAUGUGAUAUUCCAGCUACAAGAUGGGGGAUGGAUCAGGAGAAAGGCAUUUUGGGUGGCAAAACAGGUGCUACAGUUGGGCAUGGGGGAUGCUCUUGAGGAUUGGUUGAUUCAGAAAAUCCAGCGUUUUCGCAAGGGAUCUUCCAUGGCCUCUGCUAUCAACCGCCUCGAACAGAUUUUAUGGCCUGGUGGGGUAUUCAUAACCAAGCGUCCAAAGCAACCACCAUCACUUGAAGGUUCCACUUCCGGCAACAACUCCAACGAAAUCCUAUCUCCUCAAUCCCUUGAGGAACUGCAGCAGCAAGAAGCCGAUCGUCGUGCAAAGUUUGUAUAUGACUUGAUGAUCACCAAUGCUCCACCUGCUAUUGUGGGGCUAGUUGGUCGAAAGGAGUACGAGCAAUGUGCCAAGGAUCUGUAUUACUUCCUUCAGUCAGCUGUAUGCACGAAGCUAUUGGCACUGGACCUCAUUGAGCUAUUGCUGUUAACCUUGUUUCCAGAGCUUGAUUCUGUCUUCAAACAGCUGCACGAAAGAAAGGAGAAGUUCGGCGAACUCGAUGCACACAUCUAAAAUAGCUUUGUCAUGCACAGUUUAUGUUCUUGGACAAGCAUCACUCCAGCAUUCCGUAGCACCAUAUCGAUUUUGCUUUGCGGCAACUACAUUUUUGUUUCUGCAGUUUAGAGUCUACUGGCCCCCAUUUUGGAAAUUGUAGUAUUUAUUCCCUUCUACAGGCUAUCCCACAUCUGAAAUGUCUUCUUCCCCCAUUUUUGUUUUUGUGCAGCAUUAACAACUUUCCGUUGUGGUGGUUUGUAUAGUGUAAAUUUGUUCGCAUUUGAGGUGAUUGCCAUUUUGGAAGGGUUGGUUUGGUUGUCAUUGAUUCAAA